AUGGGCGGAGCGGCGGUUGCGUGGUUGUUCGUCCUGUUCGCGGCGGCGGCGAUCCUGCCGGCGGCGGAGGCCGCCCACACGGUCUACAGCGAGUACCAGACGCACGAACCAGAGAAGCUCUCCCCCCAGGACCACCGCACCGCCUACCACUUCCAGCCGCCGAAGAACUGGAUCAACGGUCGGUUCUCUCUUCUCUCAGAUCCUCCUCCACAAAUACCACUGCUUCUCUCUCUAUCGCUCGCUCGCUACCGACUAGGAUGAGUCUCCCUGCGUUUUCCUCUCUCUUCUCUUCUGGAGGCUUUCAUCCUCCUCCUUCAUCCCUGUUUCACCCUGAGAUCGAUCGAGAAGAUGCGAUCCUUCAGGUUUCAAGGCCGUAAACUGACCACGACGAAGGCUCCGCUGCCAUGGGAGGUGGCAGGUCCGGCGGCCGACCUUCCGCCGCCCUCCCACAUGGCCGGUGCUCCGUAGGGCCCGGUCCUCCUACCUCUCCAAAUAAUCCGGCCAAACCCAUCUAUCUACAUCUAGCAAUCUCUCCUCAUCUUCCGAAUUCUUCUGGUACUAGUACUUAUUUCUUGCUCUCAUCUCCGACUAUGGCGGCGGCCAUGGCGGCGGCGGCGGCGUUCCGGCACUGGCGAGCAGACCCCAACGGUGAGCACUCUUCCCUCCUCCGUCUCUUUUGGCCAUGGCGGCGACGGCUUUGGAGUAUCUAACGCUGUGGUGCUUUUGUGAAUAAUGAACUGAGCAGGGCCGUUGUUCUACAAGGGGGUGUACCACCUUUUCUACCAGUACAAUCCGAAGGGAGCGGUGUGGGGGAAUAUCGUGUGGGCUCACUCGGUGUCGAGGGACCUGGUCAACUGGAUUCCACUUCCUCCGGCGAUCUAUCCCUCUAAGCCGUUUGACAUCAACGGCUGCUGGUCGGGCUCCGCCACCAUCCUCCCCGACGGCCGCCCCGCCAUCCUUUACACCGGAAUUGACCCCCGGAACCGCCAGGUUCAGAACGUGGCCUUCCCCAAGGACCCCGCUGAUCCUUACCUCCGGGAGUGGGUCAAACCCGACUACAACCCGGUCAUCAACCCCGACGCAGCGAUCAACGCCAGCGCCUUCCGGGAUCCCACCACCGCCUGGCGCGGCGGUGACGGGUGGUGGCGCGUGGUGGUGGGCAGCAAGAAUGACCUCCAGGGGCUGGCGGUGCUCUACCGGAGCAAGGACUUCGUGCGGUGGGUGAAGGCAGCAGCGCCGCUGCACUCGGCAGCAGGGACCGGCAUGUGGGAGUGCCCUGAUUUCUUCCCGGUCGCGCGCCGGGGGAGGAACGGGCUGGACACCUCCGCCGCCGGGCCGGCGCUGAAGCACGUCAUGAAGGUGAGCUUGGACCUCACCCGGUUCGAGUACUACACGCUGGGGAGCUACUCGCCGGAGAAGGAUCGGUACUUGCCGGACGCCGGCAUGGCGGACGAUCGCACGGGACUGAGGUACGAUUACGGCAACUUCUACGCGUCGAAGACCUUCUACGAUCCGGCGGGGCGACGGAGGAUCCUGUGGGGGUGGUCGAACGAGUCGGACAGCGUCGCAGACGACGUCGCGAAGAAUUGGGCCGGCAUCCAGACGAUUCCACGGGCCGUGUGGCUCGACAACGGCGGCCGGCAGCUGGUGCAGUGGCCGGUGCAGGAGCUCGAGAAGCUCCGGGGGAAGAAGGUGGAGGCCCGAGACCUCAUUCUGAGGAAGGGCGCCCGCUACGAGAUCAAGGGCAUCCUCACCUCACAGGCGAGUAGAUAGAUAGAUAGAUCUCUCUCUCUAUCUCUCUCUCUCUCUCUCUCUUACGCUCAUUGGGUGGGAUAUUUCUCAGGCGGAUGUGGAGGUGACCUUCGAGGUGACGGGGCUGGAGAAGGCGGAGGGCUUCGAUCCCAGAUGGAAGGACGCGCAGGAGCUCUGCAAGAAGAAAGGGGCGGACGUUGCCGGCGGGGUGGGGCCGUUUGGGCUGUGGGUGCUAGCCUCCGGCGAUCUGAGCGAGCGGACCGCCGUCUUCUUCCGGGUGUUCAAGGGGAAGGAGAAGCACGUGGUCCUCCUAUGCCAUGACGACAGCAGGUUUGACUUCCCGACAGAUCCGCCGCCCAGCGGAAGCUGUAGCUAUUGGGCUACGUUCCGGGCGGCAUCCUUUUUGUCCCUUCCUCUCUUUUAGACCGUAUGUCAUUGAUGGUGGAGGUGAACUGGAUUUGGCUUGUUCGGCGACCCUCCUUCUUACGGGUUUCUCAACACCACUUGCAGUUCGACGAGCCGGGCCGGCGUCUGGAAGCCGUCCUUUGCCGGAUUCGUGGACGUGGACAUUCAAAAGGACAGGAAGAUAUCUCUCCGGAGCCUGGUAAUCUCUCUCUCACUAUAUGUUCUCUCUACCCUUCUUUCUCCCUCGCCAGUUGACAACGACUGUUGAUGGCGGACAGAUCGACGCGUCGGUGGUGGAGAGCUUCGGGGCGGGAGGGAAGACCUGCAUCACGUCCAGGGUCUACCCCGUCCACGCCGUCGGCGGCGCCGCCCACCUUCACGCCUUCAACAAUGGGGCCGCCGCCGUGAAGAUCUCCCUCCUGCGGGCAUGGCAGAUGGGGACCCCCAACAUGAACCAGCCCACCGAGCCCUGA